AUGAGGCGCAGCCUGGCAUGUCGACUGCCGCUGUACCUGGUGCUGCUUGGAGUAGCUUCUGCAGGACCCUUUAAGCAUUUUGCUGCUCCUGGCAGUGCCUGGCCGCUGCUUCCUUGCAGGACUGUUCCUUCCGCCGCGCCCGCACGGAACGGCCCAGCUGGUCUGAUGGGCAUCUUGGGCGAUCGGGUUCAGCUUUGGAAUGAUGCAAACAAGAGCUGCUCUGGAGCAAUUGCUCGGGUGCCUUUGGGGCUGCCUUUGUGGUCGGUAGCCGACGAAAGGGUGACUGCAGUGACCAUGUUGGAGAACAUGACCCUCGCUGUCGCAACUUAUUUGCCUUCUCAGACAUCGUAUGGUCCCUCUGGGCUCGUUUACGUGUUCUCAGCGUCACAGCUUGGCAUGGCAAGUGGCCACGACAUCUAUCUGGAGACUGGCGCAGAGAUUCUCUCAAUGCUUCAGUUGCCGACAGGUGCCACUCUUCUUGGAGGAACCCUUUUCUCGCAGCAGGCAGCGUUGAAUGGCACCAUCGAGGUUUUUGGGCCUUCCGAUUUGAGAACAGGCGGCGCUUCGAGCUUUGCCAUUGAGACGAAGCACGGCAUUGCUGAGCUUGUUCUGGUUAGCGCGCAAAUUCUGGCAGCAUCGACGGGGGUCAAUGGCGAAAUACUGUUUUACGAGACAGCAGCGAUUGAACGACGCGAAGGGUCUGUGAAACCACUCGCCGAAUUGAACCUACAGGCCGCCAUCCAUGCAGUGGUCAUAGUUGACGGCCGCGCAGUGGUCGCCGGAGACCAUGGACUUCAGAUUUACUCACUCGACGAUGUGCUGCAAAAUCGCCGGCAAGAGCCAGUCCUUAUGUAUCGUGUCGACACCGUUUACGUGUCGCUGGCGGUGCUGCCGGGUGGCUUUGCGGCAGGCUGUGUAGAUUUCAAGAUUGAGGUGUUCGUGAUGAGCGAAGUUGUGCAAGGAGGUGUUCGACCGCGGAAGGAGCUGUACACGAACGGCUGGCCCAGCCCCAUACUUGUCUUGGACGACAACGGGCUUGCAGUCAUCACGGGGUCCAACACGGUAGACAUCUUCGACGAGAAGGUGUUACAGGAUCAUGCUUACUUCGUGCGGCCUUCGAGAGCUCUCCCUCUGGACACGCCGGGGAUCAGCAUGGUGAACUUGCCUGGGAGAGGCUUGGUCGUGGCGUCAAUGAAGCACGUCUCCAUCUUCAGUCAUGCAGGCAUGUCGUCGGCGGGGAAACCAAUCGACGAGUUGUCUGUGCCAAGACCAGUAAGCUUUGUCCAUUCAAUCUCGAAUGACACGGUGUUGGUGGGCCAGUGGCAAGGUGCUGUCGCCGUGUUCUCCACCUCCUCCGGCACACAGCCGCGGUAUUCAUCCGGACCUUGGUUUCCUUUCACGCGCUUGCAACUAGAUGUGUAUUCCUCGCUCGCCGGAGCGACCUCAGCCGAGCUGCUGCCGACACUAGAUUUGCUUGCCAUUGGUGCGUGGCCGAGUGAUGUGUACUUCUUCAACCUCUCGAGCUUGCAUCGAUCGCCAUCACCUUAUUUGGAGGCUGAAUCCAUUCUGAGAUCCCGAGGUCCAGUUAAUGCCCUGGCUUCAUCGACAGAGUUUCUGUGGAUUGGGGCGAGCGACGACCUGUUGGUGAUAGACCUCCAGUUCUUUGACAUGGGGUUCAGAAGAAUCCGGAUGCCAGGUGAGAUAUGUUCACUGGCUGUUCUUUCGGAUUCGGUGGUGGCGGCUGGUCUUUCCGCAUCAUUGGUGAUCCCUGUGCGCACCCGCCCAAAGCACGGGUGGAACUUCCUCGAGAUCAAGGACACUGCAGGGUCGGUUCACGCCCUUCUCGCAGCGGACGGCGUGCUGCUCGCAGCAACUGAAGCCAGCACACUGCAUGUAUUCGCCUUGGACGACAUGAAGUUCCGCGAGCUGGCGGUGCUGAGUGUUAGGGCUGUGAAUCCUGCCGUGCCUUCGAGCAGUCUAGCUAUCAUCGAUGAUCGAACAAUUCUCGUCGGCCUAGACCUUUACCGAGCAGACGACGCACGGUCACUGUGCAGUCCUGGGCUAUUUUCCAAAAGCGGCCAGUAUGUUUGCCAUCCAUGCCCCAUUGGCUGGACUUCAGACGGGGGGUCAGCAAGCUGCACCUAUGCCCGGCUCCCAAUCCUCCUGAAGACAUGGAUUCCGGUCGCAUUGACCUUCAUCCUAAUCGGUGCAGUGCUAUCCCCACUUGCUGGACAGCUUUAUCUCUGCGCGUCCCGGUACAUCAACAUGGGAGAAGCUUUGGCCAAAGCGAGAUCCAGGGCUGCUACGCUGCAAUCGAUGUUGACCUGGACAUCUGCACAUGCUUGUCAGCGAGAGCCGCGCCACAUGGCUCUCCGUGAUGUGCGGGUGCGUCGAUGGGUGUGGGCUUAUGCUGCCAGCACACACCUGCCCAUCGCAGUUUGGCUUGCCACGGUCGCCCAACAACACUGGGUAUUGGCAGGGUCCAUCUUGCUGGCGGUUGUGUUCACAUUCCAGCAUCAACCGGUCUUGCAUGAAGACCCGUCUGGUGAGCUCACAGCUCAGCAUUGGGCUUGCCUCAGCCUCCGCUGCCUUGCCACGGCGAACGUCCUGGCCGGCUGCUCCUGCUUUUUCUUUCCACCUGCAGUUCUGCUCGUUCAUGCGAUCCCUUUGGCGAGCGUGGCUGUGAUGAGUGGCAACUGUGCCCUUGCCAACGAAAUACACAUGUUCCUCCAGACGAGCUACGUCUCAGUUGAUGAGAUAUCCGCAGCCACUGCUAACACUGCCGGUGUGCGCGUGCUCAACAUGGGUGCGACUUGCAUUCAUGCGACAGCUGCCGGCGUGUCCACGUUGACUUUGGCGCAGCAUGAGGGACAUCAAGUAAUGACCAUAUUCGGGCUUUCCGACACGUCUUCCGGAUCUCUGCCCUUGUAUCUCUUGGUUUUCGCUUGUUCAGUAUCUUUUGCCGGGGUGGCGCUGGCCGCACGUGCCUGCGACCAGACGGAAGCGAUCCUCUCGCAUGCGACCACCUGGGCAAGCGAUGAGCGUGUCCCUCCGUCUCGGAUCCCGGCCAGCUGCUGCUGUCGGCAGCUGCUCCUACGACUGUCUGCGUCAGUAAAGACCUGGGUACACAAACAUUGGUUGCUGUGCUUCAGUUCGCUUUACGACACUCACACUUUCUAUGGCCGGUUACGAGAGUCACAGUCGACUUCGCAGCGUCCGUACUUUGCCCUGAUCUUGUUCAUCGGAGCCGGCACCGCGAUGGUUAAUUGCCUUGCGCUCCUCUUGGACCGGUGUCGAAUGAAGCUUCCAGAGCUGGGCGACCGAAACCUACGCUUGAGCACGCUUUCCAAGUGCCUGCUGGUAUUCAUGAAGCUGCGUGUUCUUCAACUGCCAGUGGUCGUCACGACUCAGAUGGACACCUUCUGGCUUGAUGGGUCCCUGUCGGAGCUCCCCUCAUCUGUGAUACCCGUGUGGAUUUGCUCAGAGCCUGUCUCGUGCCCAUCCUGGUGCACAUCUCGUCUCAACGGCACCUGUACCUAUGACUUACCUAGCUACAACGGCUGUUUCUGCAGUCAUCGGGUCGCCGGGAUCCCCGACUGGACGGGAAGACUGAAGGUGCUUGGCAAUUGUGUGAUUUCAAUCAUCGUCAUGACCUUGCUCUCAGCGUCGAAGAUGCGUGCGAGGGGCAUAUUCGACUUGCCGGUGAUCUCGUCCAGGGCGGUGGCCUGUGCAACUAUCCUUCCGCCGUUUUUUUUCGCAGUGAAUGCGAUGUAUCUUUCCUUUCCCGACUUGGCCACGCAGCACCUGGACUCAGCCGAGGAUUUCACAAUCUUGAGCAUCCCGGCGCUGAUUUACGCAUUCAUGGCCAACGAGAUGGCCAGGCAUGUGGAGACAGCCACCAAGCGGCGGUGCCUGGCUGCAGGGAGUGAGCUCCAAUUGAGCGGUCGCAAGGUUACCGCAGCGAGGCCACACUUGGAGCAUAUUGUUGGCACAAGCCUACUAAGCGCCGAAGAUUCGUCUGGCCCGGUCCAAAUCUUGAGCAAUAUGUGGCUUGAGAAGCCCACUUAUGUCUGGUGUCAGCCCGCUCCGCAUCACGGGUCAGUCUAUUCUCCUUCUGGCUAUCGCGCCUUGGUCCCUUGGGCGAACUUUGCGACAGUGACAGCGAUCUGGCGAGCCAGACAUAGCCUGGGACAUACCAUCAUCAUUGUCAACACAGCGUUGCUUUUGGUCCUGCUGUCGAGCAGUAUUUGGCUUUGCUUGACCUUGAAGCAAGGUGUAUCCUCCACGCAAACUGCAGCAUCAGAAACUCGCAGACUGGACUCGGAGAUGGACGCCACCAGAACGGAAGUGGAGCUUCAGGAGACGGCAAGUUGGCAGGGCAACAUGCCGAACAGAGAGCAUGGUGAGGUAGAUCGGCAGGAACUGCGAGCAGGUUGA